GUUGCCUCCUCCCUCUCUCCCUUCUCCUCCCCAGUCUGCCCCAACUCUUCCCCACCCCUAGCGCUCUCCGCCUCGCUCGCCUCCUGCCCUUCCCCUCCCGCUCCAUCCGGGUCGCUGACGGCUGGCUCUGGGCUAGAGAGCAGUGGCGGCUGCUUUUCUCUGAGGAACCCGGUAAAGUUUCACAGGAGCCGAGGAGGUGAGCCGCGGAGCAGCUUCACCGACGCCGGAGGAGCUCUGGUGUUCGCAGCCACUGGCUGAAGGAGGAGGGUCCGGGAACUGGAGACCUGUCUCAGCUGCUGCGCUGCCUCCCUCUUGCGGGAGGCGCCGCCCCCAGCCGCCCUGGGCUUCCCCUGCCUUGAGGGGCCGGGUGAGUCGUUGCCCCGACAUAGGGAUACCUCCAACUUGCCAGUGUUUCAGAAGGGAGUGUUUUAUUGAAACUGGAAGACCAAAAGAAUUACAAACAUGUUGUGCUGGGGAAAUGCAUCUUUUGGACAGCUAGGUUUGGGUGGAAUUGAUGAAGAAAUUGUACUAGAGCCCAGAAAAAGUGACUUUUUUAUAAAUAAAAAGGUUCGAGAUGUAGGAUGUGGACUCAGACAUACUGUAUUUGUUCUGGAUGAUGGAACGGUAUACACAUGUGGAUGUAAUGAUCUAGGGCAGCUAGGUCAUGAAAAAUCGAGAAAGAAACCAGAGCAGGUUGUUGCGCUGGAUGCUCAAAAUAUCGUUGCUGUUUCAUGUGGAGAAGCUCAUACAUUAGCACUAAACGACAAGGGCCAGGUGUAUGCUUGGGGUCUCGAUUCUGAUGGACAACUUGGCCUGCUAGGAUCAGAGGAAUGUAUCAGAGUACCCAGAAAUAUUAAAAGUUUGUCGGAUAUCCAGAUAGUACAGGUUGCUUGUGGCUACUAUCAUUCACUUGCACUUUCUAAAGCAAGUGAAGUCUUCUGUUGGGGACAGAAUAAAUAUGGCCAGUUGGGUUUAGGCAUUGACUGUAAAAAGCAAGCUUCACCACAACUGAUUAAGUCUUUACUUGGAAUCCCUUUCAUGCAAGUUGCAGCAGGAGGAGCCCAUAGUUUUGUACUCACCCUUUCUGGAGCUAUCUUUGGAUGGGGACGCAACAAAUUUGGUCAACUAGGUCUUAAUGAUGAAAAUGAUAGGUAUGUUCCUAAUUUACUAAAGUCACUAAGAACUCAGAAAAUAGUUUAUAUUUGUUGUGGAGAAGAUCACACUGCUGCACUAACCAAGGAAGGUGGAGUGUUUACUUUCGGAGCUGGAGGGUAUGGUCAGUUGGGUCAUAACUCUACCAGUCAUGAAAUAAACCCAAGGAAAGUGUUUGAACUUAUGGGAAGCAUUGUCACUCAGAUUGCUUGUGGAAGGCAGCACACUUCUGCUUUUGUUCCUUCAUCAGGACGAAUUUAUUCUUUUGGACUUGGUGGUAAUGGACAGCUAGGAACUGGUUCAACAAGCAACAGAAAAAGUCCUUUCACUGUGAAAGGAAAUUGGUUCCCUUAUAAUGGACAGUGUCCACCAGAUUUUGAUUCUGAAGAAUAUUUCUGUGUAAAAAGAAUUUUCUCAGGUGGAGAUCAAAGCUUUUCACAUUACUCUAAUCCCCAGAACUGUGGGCCACCAGAUGACUUUAGAUAUCCUGAUCCUUCAAAGCAGAUAUGGACUGUGAAUGAAGCUCUAAUUCAAAAAUGGCUGAGCUACCCCUCUGGAAGAUUUCCUGUAGAGAUAGCCAAUGAAAUAGAUGGAACGUUUUCUUCGUCUGGUUGUCUAAAUGGAAGUUUUUUAGCUGUUAGCAAUGAUGAUCACUAUAGAACGGGCACCAGAUUUUCAGGGGUUGAUAUGAAUGCUGCUAGGCUUUUAUUCCACAAACUUAUACAGUCUGAUCAUCCUCAGAUAUCUCAGCAGGUGGCAGCUAGCUUGGAAAAGAAUCUUAUUCCUAAACUGACUAGCUCCUUACCUGAUGUUGAAGCAUUGAGAUUUUAUCUUACUCUACCAGAAUGUCCCCUGAUGAGUGAUUCCAACAAUUUCACCACAAUAGCAAUUCCCUUUGGUACAGCUCUUGUGAACCUAGAAAAGGCACCACUGAAAGUACUUGAAAACUGGUGGUCAGUACUUGAACCUCCACUAUUCCUCAAGAUUGUAGAACUUUUUAAGGAGGUUGUGGUACAUCUUUUGAAACUCUACAAGAUCGGCAUUCCCCCUUCUGAAAGAAGAAUUUUCAACAGUUUUCUUCAUACCGCAUUAAAGGUUUUAGAAAUAUUACAUAGGGUAAAUGAGAAAACUGGACAGAUUAUACAAUAUGAUAAAUUUUAUAUACAUGAAGUACAAGAAUUGAUAGACAUACGGAAUGAUUAUAUCAACUGGGUCCAACAGCAGGCCUAUGGAAUGGAUGUCAACCAUGGAUUAACUGAGUUGGCAGAUAUCCCUGUUACAAUCUGCACAUAUCCAUUUGUAUUUGAUGCCCAAGCAAAAACUACUCUGUUACAAACAGAUGCAGUCUUACAGAUGCAGAUGGCUAUUGACCAGGCCCACAGACAGAAUGUCUCCUCUCUUUUUCUCCCAGUGAUUGAAUCUGUGAAUCCUUGCUUAAUUCUAGUGGUACGUAGAGAAAAUAUAGUAGGAGAUGCAAUGGAAGUCCUUAGGAAAACAAAGAAUAUAGACUACAAAAAGCCACUCAAGGUUAUAUUUGUUGGAGAAGAUGCUGUUGAUGCAGGAGGGGUACGCAAAGAAUUUUUCUUGCUCAUCAUGAGGGAAUUAUUGGAUCCUAAAUAUGGCAUGUUUAGGUAUUAUGAAGAUUCCAGGCUCAUUUGGUUUUCUGAUAAGACAUUUGAAGACAGUGAUUUGUUCCACUUGAUUGGUGUUAUCUGUGGAUUAGCAAUUUAUAAUUUUACUAUUGUGGACCUCCAUUUUCCUUUGGCUUUGUAUAAGAAACUGCUAAAAAAGAAGCCAUCUCUGGAUGAUUUGAAAGAACUAAUGCCUGAUGUUGGGAGAAGCAUGCAACAGUUACUGGAUUAUCCAGAAGAUGAUGUUGAGGAAACAUUUUGUCUUAAUUUUACGAUCACAGUUGAAAACUUUGGUGCAACAGAAGUGAAAGAACUGGUUCUAAAUGGUGCAGACACAGCUGUUAACAAACAAAAUCGGCAGGAGUUUGUUGAUGCUUAUGUGGAUUACAUAUUCAAUAAAUCAGUGGCUUCCUUAUUUGAUGCUUUUCAUGCGGGCUUUCAUAAGGUCUGUGGAGGAAAAGUCCUUCAGCUCUUCCAGCCUAAUGAACUACAAGCAAUGGUUAUUGGAAAUACAAAUUAUGACUGGAAGGAACUGGAAAAGAAUACAGAAUACAAAGGAGAAUAUUGGGCAGAACAUCCUACAAUAAAAAUGUUUUGGGAAGUAUUUCACGAAUUACCAUUGGAAAAGAAAAAGCAAUUUUUGUUAUUUUUGACAGGUAGUGAUCGCAUUCCUAUUCUUGGUAUGAAGAGUCUAAUACUAGUCAUCCAGUCAACAGGAGGUGGUGAGGAAUAUCUCCCAGUUUCCCAUACCUGUUUUAAUCUUCUGGAUCUUCCAAAAUACACGGACAAAGAAACUCUACGCUCUAAACUGAUCCAAGCUAUUGACCACAAUGAAGGUUUCAGUUUAAUAUAACUUUGGAGUUAUAACUAUUCAGUUUACUGCAAAAGCAUUAAACUAACUAUUAGUGUGUUUUUUUGUGGUGAUGAAUCCAGCAAGGUGACAGAGGUACUAUUAUAAUUCUUACUUGCAAAAUGUUCAAUGCAAUGAGUAUUCAUGAAAGCCAAAAAACAUUAAAGGAAAUGAACAAACUGUGUUAAUAUUAAACUUACUGUACAGACCCAUGGAUUUUUUUUUGCCAUCUUCCAAUAAACAUACAAGUAUUGUGAAUACAUGGAAGUUUUACUAACAUGAAUUUUAAGAGUUUGCAUAUUUCACAAAUGAUCUGGUGUGAGAGUGCAUGAAAAUGUUGCUUAAUUUUUCUUCAAUCACGGCUCAAAAACCUUUAACUUUGGCCUGCAAUAGUCAUUUGAUUAUUUUUUCAUUUUGUAAAUACUGUUAAGUUUUGUAAUAAAAUAGUUAUGUUCUGAUACCA